UGCCAAGUAAAAUGCGGUGGAGUUUGUUAAAUUCAGUGAAGCCGUGUAAUUCUUUUUAAGACCAAUAAGACAUGAACCGUAAUCUCCCUCAUUUCUUGGCCAUUUUAAAGCCGAGUCUCCACGAUGACUCUUUAUUUGGAGGGUCUUUUGACACGGUAAACCUCCGGGAAUCCCCUGAAGCCUCUGCAUGAAGGACUAAUCUUGAAGACGCAUGAGGGUUAAUUUCAAGCCCCCACUAUACCACCACCCACAUCUCCAAUUUGAAAGCCGCCUCUCUACCGGGAGAGGAAGGCUCUUUUUCGGUCAGAUGGCGUGCUGCAGUCCGCCCCCGUCAUUCUCCAGCCCACACAGACGGCAAAAAAGGCAGCCAGCAACCAAUACGGUGCGCCGGAGGAGGAUUUCUGCCAGUGAUAUCAGCCGAGGAGCGAAACGCAAAGGGGAUUUACUACGGCAAAUCUGCGCCGUGGAGGCUCUCGGCGAGAGUUUCGCUCCGGGAGUUGCGAGCCGUGACAUUGGAGAGACUAUUUCCCAGUUCAGGCGGAACAGAUCUUCACAGGAAACCUGAAAAGGUUCAUGCGAUUCCCCUCCGUUGUUUGAACUUUCCAGUGCUGUGUGCCAUGUCUCUGCCACGCACCCUUGGGGAGUUGCAACUCUAUCGGGUGCUGCAGAGGGCAAACCUGCUGGCCUACUAUGAAACCUUCAUCCAGCAAGGCGGUGACGACGUGCAGCAGCUCUGCGAGGCUGCCGAGGAGGAGUUCCUGGAAAUCAUGGCCCUGGUUGGCAUGGCCACCAAGCCGCUGCAUGUGCGUAGGCUGCAGAAGGCUCUCCGCGACUGGGCGGCGAACCCUGCCCUUUUCAGCCAGCCCGUCGCUAAUGUCCCUCUUGGAGGGAUCCCGCUGUUCAAAGUUGAAGGGACGGGCUCCAGCGGGUCAGCUGGCGGGCACAGAAAGGCUUUGAGCAACGGGCAGCCUGGUUCCCCCUGUGAGAGAGAGGACCGGGCAUGUCUUACCCCGAUGUACAGCGGCAGUCCGAGAAGUCCCUGCUCCCAGGCGUCUCCCCAGCCGCCGGACACACACUACAGGGAAAAACUCUCCCCCAUGGACCCGCACUGGCUCAGCCCAGACCCUGAUGGGAAUGGCGCUCUUGCCUCUGCAUCUGGAACCGAGGAGGAACCACACAGCCCACCUCUCCUGUCCACAGGGCCGCCGGGUCCUUCCACAUCUCCAGUGCCCUCCGCGUCCUUCGCCCCUGCACCCCUGUCAGCCUGGCCAGGAGGGCAGCUGGACGAGGAGACGGCCAGGGCAGUGGUGGAGAGCGUGGAGAGACUCUAUAGGACCCUGCCCAGGUCAGACCCCACAGAGGUAAAGACUUUGCUGAGGAUGAACAAGAAAAUAGCAAAAACUGUGGGUCACAUCUUCAGAAUGGGCUCGCAGGAUGCAAACAAGGAGGAGGAGAUCCGGAAAUACAGCCUCAUUUAUGGUCGCUUUGACUCCAAGAGGAGAGAGGGCAAGCAGCUCACACACCAUGAGCUGAUCAUCAAUGAAGCUGCUGCACAGUUCUGCAUGAGAGACAACGCUCUCCUGCUCAGACGGGUGGAGCUCUUUUCUCUGGCUCGACAGGUGGCCAGGAAAUGUGCCUACACCUCCACACUGAAACAUGCAAGGUCAAAUGCUGACGAGAGCAGCGGUUUGUCUCAGAAGAGAGCGAGACACGAGGUCACCGUGUCUGAGUCAUCGCUCCUUGGAGUGGAGGGAUCUGAAGGAGCGAUUCAGAGAGCAGAUGAAGACAGCUUGUCUGCAGAGAGCCUUGACUGCGUAUCGCUUGACUCCAGCUCCCAGUGCAACCAGUCUCCAUCCCCCCGUCCCCACACUGACGCCUCGAACCCCGCCAGCUGGAGCCGCCAUCUAAUACAGCAGACUCUAAUGGACGAAGGCCUGCGAUUGGCUCGGAUGGUGUCGCAUGACCGGGCGGGGAAACUCAGCCUGGGGCCAGAGGGAACUCACUCGACCAUGACAUCAAAGUGGAACGGGCGAUCUCGAUAACAGCGUGCCGAAGCAGUAGCCCUUGUGUCACCAAAGAGCCAACCAUCACCUCCAACCACAGAGGAAAGUGAAACCCGCAGCCCGUCAGGGGAACUCUGCUCAGAGAGAGGACUCCGACUCAAACUGUAAAUCUAAGACUCUGCAAGGAUCUGACUAAAAUAGGCCCGUCGUGUCUUGUAAACGAAUCCGCUGUAAAUUAAGAUCUAAAUGUUUCUGUUUUUAUAUAUCUGUUAGAUGGAGGGAACCCCGUCUCUGUUUUAGUGCCCUGCAGAGGUUAGCUGUGUUCUGUCAGAGAAAAUGUUUAUGUUGCUGCGAGUGCCGCCGUGCGCCGGAGGAUCCGCCUGCCACAGAUGAAACACGCUUCACACAGCAGGGGGCACUGCAACUUUGGAAAACUGACGCUCUAAAGUUCCUCCACACUCAGCAACACUGCAGAGGAGAUGUGCGUUUAGCAAAGAUCUCUUUGCUUUGCAAGUUACAGCGUAAUGCUCUGGAGCUAUUCACCUCAGGAAACCACUGGACGCUUUGCUUAGGUCAGAGGUCAGCACUGUAGAGGUCAAACUAACUCAGAAGACACAGACACAUGCAGCACCUUGCGAAAUACUCCUACUAUUGACAAUUUCAGCAUUUUUAUACAUUUUAUUUUGUUUUAUUUAUAUUUUAUGUGAUAGACCAACAAAAUAUAGCAUAUAAUGAAGAAGUGCCUCUUAGAAAGGUAGCAUAUUGAUGGAGCCCCACACAAAGUUGAAAACUUAAAGAGAAAUCACCUUUUCCAUAUUCUCUUGAAACCUUAGCUUGGGCUACUGAGUGUUUUUAAAAAAAUUUAAAAAACUCAAUUGAAUCAGUUUUUAUUAAUCUGGUAUGUUUUUAUGUGCCUAUUGUCAAACAGUUUAGUUUUUAUUUUGAGAGUUGCUAUAAAAAUCACGUUUGACUUCCUAAUUGCUCAGUUAAAAGGAAAGUAAUACAUGAUUUAAUUUUUUUAACAAAUAAAAAUCUGAGAAGUCUGUUAUGCAUUUUUAUAAACUCAAUGUGUUGAAUUUCUUUUUAACUUGCCAAAUUUUCUAACUUUCAUUAGUAAAGAAUUUUGAAAGUCAUCAGCAAUCUACGAUAAUCAAGCACUACAUGUUGUUGGUCUAUCACAUAAAAUAAAAUUAAUUUAAUUUCCCUGUGAGAUUAAUAAAGUAUUUUUGAAAUUGAAUUGAAUUUUGAAUCCUAUUGAGAUGCACUGGAGUUUGUGGUUUCAGAAAACAUUUAAGUGUGAUGAAUAUUUUUGCAAGACGCUGCAUGUUGAGGCUAAAAAGUGUUUCUUUUUUAGUCGGUGUUUCAAAAAGCGAGUUCAUUAGCUUAUCCAUCAGAUUUGACUUCUGUCAUAAUCACACUCACAACUUUCUGCUGCACAAAUAAUUGAUUGGAUGUUUUUUAAAUCCCUUUCAGACUGAAAGACUGAAAGUUUUUGCCAUCCCCAAGAUUAUGAAAAUGUAUUUAUUUUCUUAUUCCAGUUGCUAAAUCAAGAACACUGAGGCUUGAAGCGACACUGUGUCCUAAUCAGAGUUUAAUGUGAUUACAGGUAAAACUGUACAUUUGUUGGGAAUACUGCAUUUAAAACUACAUUGAAAGGUUCUUCAUUUUAAAGGCGAACAUUUGUUCAGAAAUCGAGUCUUUCACUUGUAAGUUGUUCCGUAUGUAACGUUUUUGUGUCUCUUAAACACAGACGUGAUUUU